UCUGGCUUGUGUCAGUGCGGUGGUCCUCAUCCAGCUCCCCAUCUCUGUCCCGGGCCUAACCCCGCCCCCGGGCGCUCAUUGGCCUGCACCCCACCCCCCGCCUGCGAGGUCCGCCGGGGAGGCGGUGGUCUGUCGCCUCCCUCGGCCCCGGGCCUGGCUGCGCAGCAGAGGCGGCGCCUCUCCCGCAGGACAUAGCGGGCCAAGCAGCUCGGGGUGGGCGACAGCAGACGAGGGGCGCCUCGCUCUGAUUCCCGGCUGCGACUGGCGGCGGCUCUGGAGCAACGCGGUCCCGGUGUGCAAUACGCACACGCCGCGGCGCAGGGACACAGACCCGACUGCCCGCGGCCACACGCACCGAGAGACCAGGCUCGGCGCGCGCUCCGCGGCGCACACGCUCCAGCCGGUGCGGCUCUGGGCGCGGAUUCGCGGGUUGCGCGCCCUCCUGCACAUUCAGUCCCGGCGCCCAGCAGUCUGGACCGGCCCGGAGACCAGCAGCGAGUGGACAGUGGCAGGCGGCGACUGAAUCUCCAAGUCUGGAAACAAUAGCCAGAGAUAGUGGCUGGGAAGCACCAUGGCCAGAGUCCUGCAGCGCUCCCUGACUGCUCUCCUUCUGCUGCCUGUGGCUAUUGCUAUGCACUCUGACUGCAUCUUCAAGAAGGAGCAAGCCAUGUGCCUGGAGAGGAUCCAGAGGGCCAACGACCUGAUGGGCCUAAACGAGUCUUCCCCGGGUUGCCCUGGCAUGUGGGACAAUAUCACAUGUUGGAAGCCGGCUCAAGUAGGUGAGAUGGUCCUUGUAAGCUGCCCUGAGGUCUUCCGGAUCUUCAACCCAGACCAAGUCUGGAUGACAGAAACCAUAGGAGAUUCUGGUUUUGCCGAUAGUAAUUCCUUGGAGAUCACAGACAUGGGGGUCGUGGGCCGGAACUGCACAGAGGACGGCUGGUCGGAGCCCUUCCCCCACUACUUCGAUGCUUGUGGGUUUGAUGAUUAUGAGCCUGAGUCUGGAGAUCAGGAUUAUUACUACCUGUCGGUGAAGGCUCUCUACACAGUCGGCUACAGCACUUCCCUCGCCACCCUCACUACUGCCAUGGUCAUCUUGUGCCGCUUCCGGAAGCUGCAUUGCACUCGCAACUUCAUCCACAUGAACCUGUUUGUAUCCUUCAUGCUGAGGGCUAUCUCCGUCUUCAUCAAGGACUGGAUCUUGUAUGCCGAGCAGGACAGCAGUCACUGCUUCGUUUCCACCGUGGAGUGCAAAGCUGUCAUGGUUUUCUUCCACUACUGCGUGGUGUCCAACUACUUCUGGCUGUUCAUUGAAGGCCUGUACCUCUUUACACUGCUGGUGGAGACCUUCUUCCCUGAGAGGAGAUAUUUCUACUGGUACACCAUCAUCGGCUGGGGGACACCUACUGUGUGUGUAACAGUGUGGGCUGUGCUGAGGCUCUAUUUUGAUGAUGCAGGAUGCUGGGAUAUGAAUGACAGCACAGCUCUGUGGUGGGUGAUCAAAGGCCCCGUGGUUGGCUCUAUAAUGGUUAACUUUGUGCUUUUCAUCGGCAUCAUCAUCAUCCUUGUACAGAAGCUGCAGUCCCCAGACAUGGGAGGCAACGAGUCCAGCAUCUACUUCAGCUGCGUGCAGAAAUGCUACUGCAAGCCACAGCGGGCUCAGCAGCACUCUUGCAAGAUGUCAGAACUAUCCACCAUUACUCUACGGCUGGCCCGCUCCACCCUACUGCUCAUCCCACUCUUCGGAAUCCACUACACAGUAUUCGCCUUCUCUCCAGAGAACGUCAGCAAGAGGGAAAGACUUGUGUUUGAGCUUGGGCUGGGCUCCUUCCAGGGCUUUGUGGUGGCUGUACUCUACUGCUUCCUGAAUGGGGAGGUUACUCCAGGAUAUGUACUCAAAUUUGGAGCAAGGAACUUCAGCCCCAUUUGCAGAGGAAUCCAGCUGCCAGUGCCAAGUACUUCAUAAAAAACUGACCAUUGCCCAAGCCCGCUUAGGAACACCAGGUGAGGCUGUUGUUCUCAUUUCUCAAAUGGGCGUUGUCUUGACAUUCGAAGCAGCACAGAGCAUUGUGUGCCCCAGCAUCCACGUUCAGAGCGGAAUUCUGUAGUUACAUCGCUAGAACGGUGAGCCGUAUUGCUGAGAACUAGUUGGAUGUGGCGUCUUGCAACUGUGAUCUCAGCACGGAGGAGGCUGAAGCUGGAGGACUACUGUGAAUGUGAGGCCACCAAGGUUUGCACGGUGAGUUUCAGGACAGCCCAGGUUGUAGUGAGACCGCAUUAAAAAAGUAAUAC